AGGGUACUGCUGAAAGUAAGACAUUCAGUGCAUCACAUCUGAGAAUCUCUCGUCAGUCAAGACCCGGGAAGAGAAGUAAAGAGCCCCGAAGAGCAGCCUGUCUACAUCUGAUAGGAACAGGCCUGACGGAGAUGCCAUCAUGUCAGAUUAUUACGGAAAUUCAACCGACCUAUAUGACUAUGAAGACUAUUACGAUGGAACAGGGGAAGACUUCACUCCCUGCAACCAUGCUGAUUUGAGGAAUUUCAUCAAAGUGUUUCUGCCCACUCUCUACAGCUUUGUUUUCGUCCUAGGCUUCUUAGGCAAUGGCCUCGUGGUGUGUGUCCUGGUGAAGCAUCUCAACCAGAGCAACUUGACAGACAUCUGCCUUUUCAACCUGGCUCUCUCCGACCUCCUCUUCGUCCUCACGCUGCCUUUCUACUCUCACUACGCCAGGGUCGGCCAAUGGACUUUCGGAGACUUCAUGUGCCGCCUCGCCUCCGGCUCCCACAGCACCGGUUCUCAGCAGCAUCUUGUUCAUGGUGGUCAUGACCCUUGACAGCUACAUGGUCAUCAUGCACGCUCACAAGGUGGCACGAUAUCGCACCCUGAGGUCAGCCGUCGGCCUGACCGUGUUCAUCUGGACGCUGAGCUUCUGCAU